AACACCCCAGCAGAGAUGCUGCGGCAGUGGUCCGUGCAGUCGGGGCAGGCCCACGGGGAGCCAGCAGGCGAAGAGCUGUGGGAGCAGGAAAUGGAGCGGCUGUUUUGCUCCAGGGCACCCGUGCGGACGCUGCCCUAUGCCAUGGUGGACAAGCGCUUCAUCCGGCAGCUGCGCGAACCGCCCGAGGGGGUGAAGACCUCGUGCUGGCAGCGGUGGCAGCGCAGGCAGCAGACUGCAGGACGGCGCCUUGGGGAGGCAGUGCAUCGGCUGGCCCAGGGCUUUGGGCUCUGGGAAGGGGCACUCUACGAGAUCGGGGGCCUCUUUGGCACUGGAAUCCAGUCCUAUUUCACCUUCCUUCGCUUCCUGUUGCUGCUCAAUCUGCUGACCCUGCUUCUGACCUCCAGCUUCGUCCUGCUGCCCAUGGUCUGGCUCCGCCCCCCUGACCCAGGCCCUGCCUUGAACUUCACCCUCCAGUGCCCUGGUGGCACCCAGCUCCAGACUGGUGUUCCCAAUUUCCACAAUCAAUUUUGGAAUGUUCUAACUGGCAGGGCCUUCAACAACACCUAUCUCUUUUAUGGUGGGUACCGGGCGGGCCCCGAGAGCAGCUCUGCAUACAGCAUCCGCCUGGCCUACCUCCUGAGCCCUCUGGCCUGCCUGCUCCUCUGCUUCUGUGGGAUUCUGCGGCGGAUGGUGAAGGGGCUGCCUCAGAGGCUGUUCCUGGGCCAGGAAUACAGGUCACCUCUCAGUGCCAAGGUCUUCUCCUCCUGGGACUUCUGCAUCCGGGGGCAGGAAGCAGCCACCAUCAAAAAGCAUGAGAUCAGCAACGAGUUCAAGGUAGAGCUGGAGGAGGGGUAUCGCUUCCUGCUGGUGCAACAGCAGACCCGGUCCCAGAGAGCCUGCCACCUGCUCACCUACCUGCGGGUCAACGUCCUCAUCGGCCUUCUGGUGGUCGGGGGCAUCAGUGCCAUCUUCUGGGCCACCAAGUACUCGCAGGACAACAAGGAGGAGCCCCUGUUUGUGCUACUCCAAUACCUGCCCCCUGGGGUCAUCGCUCUGGUCAACUUUCUGGGGCCUCUGCUGUUUGUUUUCCUGGUCCAGCUGGAGAACUACCCUCCCAACACUGAGGUCAACCUCACCCUUAUGUGGUGCGUGGUGCUGAAGCUGGCCAGCCUGGGGAUGUUCUCCUUCUCGUUGGGUCAGACCAUGCUGUGCAUCGGCAGAAACAAGACGAGCUGUGAGUCCUACGGCUACGACGCCUGCGACUACCAGUGCUGGGAGAACUCAGUGGCGGAGGAGCUGUACAAGCUGAGCACCUUCAACUUCCUGCUCACCGUGGCCUCCACCUUCCUCGUCAGCCUGCCGAGGAGGCUGCUGGUGGAACGAUUCUCAGGCCGGUUCUGGGCCUGGUUGGACCGGGAGGAGUUCUUGGUGCCCAAGAACGUGCUGGACAUCGUGGCAGCGCAGACGGUUACCUGGAUGGGCCUCUUCUACUGCCCCCUGUUGCCUUUGUUCAACAGCGUCUUCAUCUUCCUCACCUUCUACAUCAAGAAGUACACCCUCCUGAGGAACUCCAGGGCGUCCCCUCGCCGAUUCCGGGCUUCCAGCUCUACCUUCUUCUUCCAGCUGGUGCUCAUCCUGGGCCUGCUUCUGGCCAGCGUGCCGCUGGGCUACGUGGUCAGCAGCAUCCACUCCUCCUGGGACUGCGGCCUCUUUGCCAACUACUCAGCUCCCUGGCAGGUGGUUCCGGAGCUGGUGGCCCUGUGGCUGCCACCCUCCGGCCAGCGUGCCGUCUACUUCCUGGGCUCCCAUGCCUUCAGCUUUCCUCUCCUCAUCAUGCUCAGCCUUGUCCUGACCGUGUGCGUCUCGCAGUCCCAGGCCAAGGCAAGGGCCAUCCACGGCCUCCGGAAGCAGCUGCUAUGGCAAGUCCAGGAGAAGUGGCACCUGGUGGAGGACCUGUCGCGGCUGCUGCCGGAGCCGGGCCUCGCUGACUCUCUGGGGCCCGAGUCCCCUCACUGUCGAUCUCCCCGCCCGCGAUCCUUCUGCCCUGGAUUCCCUUGCCCGGGAUCCCCCAGGCCGGGACCCUCCCUCGCGGAUCCCGCCUGUAUUUUCCACUUCCCCAGCAGCACGGAUCCGACCCCCGCCGCCACCUAGAGCCUCCCCAGGGUCCGACCUGUAGCCCCCACGCCCCACACUCGGGCCCCCUGGUGACCUCCAACCCCUCUCAGUGGGCAUCUCAAAACGGGGUUCACACACCCAAGGGCAGCAGGAAGAAAAUAAGGGAACUUGUGUUUGUAUUUUUAUCUCAUGUUUUUGUUGAGUGUUUUAUACGUGCAUCUUACAGUAGUACAGUAACCCAUGAAUACAAUUUAUGAAUAUACAUC